AUGUUGCCCGACGGCGACGCGCCCGGCCAUUCAAACGGCCAUGCGAUGACCAGGUCAAACGGCUCCAACUUGCUAGCAAGUCAGCACACGGCCAUGUCAGGCGUCACAAAUGGCACGCACAAGGCCGCCCCGUCCACCAACGGCUCUUCCCUGGGGGACAAGGCCAACCCGACGCCGGCCGUCCAGCAGCCUUUGUCUUACUUUGGGCACUGCCCGGAGGAGGUUACGCGAUUAUUGAUCCAGGCCCUGUCGGACAUGGGCUAUCGAGCGGCAGCGGAAAUGGUCAGCCGGGACAGCGGGUUCAAUCUCGAGAGCCCCACGGUGGCUGCAUUUCGGUCCGCCGUCCUUGACGGCCUCUGGGCCGAGGCUGAGAAGUUGCUGGCCGGCGCUGCCAUUUCGGAGGGACGCGGAGGCGGGGGGAACGGGCUGGUUCUUGCCGCAGGCUCGGACCGCAACGUCAUGAAGUUUUGGCUACGACAACAAAAGUUCCUCGAGCUCCUAGAGCAAAGGGAUACGAGUCGCGCGCUCGUGGUGUUGCGAGGAGAGCUGACGCCCUUGUAUCAAGACACGAGCAAGCUCCAUUUCCUAUCCAGUCUGCUCAUGUGUCGCACCGUCGAGGACCUCAUGGCAAAAGCCAACUGGGACGGAGCACGCGGUCAGUCUCGCAAACGGCUUCUAUCCGAGCUUUCUCGGUGCAUAUCGCCCUCGGUCAUGCUACCGGAACAUCGCCUCGCCGUCCUUCUCGAGCAAGUAAAGCAGACACAGGUCGACACGUGCCUAUACCACACUGCGGCUUCGUCGCCGUCCCUCUAUUCCGACCACAACUGCGACAGACGCAACUUCCCAGCGGAGAAAGCCCUCGAGCUCAACGACUUGGGUGGCGAGGUCUGGCAGGUGCAGUUUUCGAAUGAUGGAUCUAAAAUUGCCGCCUGCGGGAGCCGGGAGAGUGUAAUGAUCUGGGACACCAAGACUUUCACGUUGCUCCACGAGCUCACAGAGCAUGAGCAUGGCGUUGGAAACCUUGCCUGGAGUCCUGACGACAGAUUGAUUGUCACAUGCUCGCAAGACAAGUAUGCGCGGCUUUGGGACGCAGCAACAGGUUCCCUCAUCAAGAAGACUAGGCGGUUUGACGAACCCGUCAGCGGGUGCGUCUGGGCCGGGGACGGCGCAUCGUUUGUUCUCGGGACUCUGGACAAGAACCACAGUCUCUGCAGCUUCAACGUGCACGACGAAGGAUGUAUCGAGUGGGAAAAGAAGCACCGCGUGCAGGAUCUCUGUGGGUCUCCGGAUGGGCGAUGGCUCGCGGCCGUCGAUGACAGCUCCAACAUUCACGUCUACAACGGCUUGACGAGAGAGCUCGAGUACCACAUGGACAUGGGGGGGCGCCCAACGUCUGUGAGCGUCAGCAAAGACUCGCGUCAUCUGCUUGUGAACAAGAAGGACGGUGAAGUGCAUCUCAUCGACCUGAUGACAAGGAACCCGAUUCACAAGCUCCUGGGGCACAAGGGAGGCAAGUUUCUAAUCCGGAGCUCGUUUGGGGGCGCCAACGAGAGCUUCGUGGCCAGCGGAAGUGAGGACGGCAGUGUUCUCAUCUGGCACAAGAACACGGGCGCCGCCGUGGAAAGAAUGCACGGGCACAUGCCGCGAUGCAACGCCGUGUGCUGGAACCCAACCGACCCCUGCAUGCUGGCCUCGUGCGGAGACGACGGUCUCGUCAAGGUCUGGACAAACAAGUUGGGGAUGGCUGAGCUGCGUGCUCGACACCCCAAGUCUUCCAACGGGUGGCGAAGCUCCGCAGACAACGUGUAG